AUGAGUACGUUUCACAGGUUUGUUAAUUUGCAGCUAAUGAACGCGUGUGAUCCGAUUUUCAAUGCCAGUAUACAAUUGGAUGGCAGUUGUAUAUCACGAGAAGACUAUUCCGUAGAAAAUCUUAUAUCGCCAGAUUCGGCGUUACGAAAAAGAGGAUUUCUAUGUGAGACUUUUAUUCGACCACCCGUGAGUUUAACAUUCAGUUUCCCGUUCGCGUUUGACAUUAAGUACGUAGUGAUCGGCACACGGGUGGGUGGUCAAAAGUCCUCAGGAUUUCAGAUAUUAGCUGGACGCAGUGACAAUGUACAAAAGAUCUGUUCUAUGAUAACCGAAAAAGAGGCAAUAUUGUUUCAUGAUAAUAGUACCGAUUUAUCAACCUAUGGGAACGAAUACGAUAAAUGCUGUUUUAAUAUAUCGGCAAGUAGAAAUAUCAGAUCAGCAGAAAAGUUAACUGUGCGUAUUUUCAAAACAGCAAAUUCUAUUCCGGCAAUAAGCAAGUUGGAAAUUUGGGGAAAGAUAUCAUGUGGUGUACCAAAAGAAAUCCAUCGAUCAAUAACCCGUAAUUGGGAAGAGAGUAAAAGACCAAAACAGAUACAAAAAAAAAUUAACAACGCACAACCGAUUACAAAAAUUAAUUCUGACGUUUUUGUUAUGUGUGAUGACUUUUUAGACUCAAUUACUUAUGAAGUAAUGACAUGUCCUAUGGUUUUUCCUAGUGGAAAAUAUGUCGACAGAACAACAGUAGAAAAGUGCAUUGAACAUGACACCAUGUAUGGACGUACACCUUGUGACCCUUUUACUGGAAUACCAUUUACAGAUAAACUAAAGCCGAUGCCUGUGCCUGAAUUAAAAGGACGAAUUGAUUCGUUUUUAAUAAAACAUGCAGACGAUGAAAAUGUUAAGUGUAUACCACGUGCAGUGGGUAAACAUAGUUUUAGUUUUUACAAUGAACGACAGACUAAAAAACCCAAAGUACAAUGUAGUACAUGUAAUGAAAACUGUAAUUUGUAUAAUUUACCUUGUAAACACCUGCAAUGUAGAAAUUGCCUAAAGACUGAGAGAAUUAAAUGCAAUGUUUGUCACAGUAACUUUAAUCGGAGUCAAAUAGAAAAAUAUCAUGAUUAG